AUGUCAAAGAGAAGAAAGAAUAGCUCCUCUUCAUCAUCAUCCUCGUCUUCAUCUUCGUCUCCGGAGAAAAAGAUCUUUGUUAACCAAUGUGACAAGUAUAAGGAAGAGAGAUAGUCUGAAAUUCGGAUACAUUUCUACUUUAAGGAUUUGUACAUAGGGGGACUACGAGAAGAUGAAUUUUUGUUUUAUUUACAUGGACGCAUAUAAAAGGCUGUAAGAAUCUCUCUUUCUAAAAGAGGGUCCAUGCGAUUUGUUACAAAUUAGUUCAAUUAAUAAGGAAACACAAACAAUUGAUGUUGCAGUGGGAUUCAAAUAUGAUGAUGAUGCACUCAAAGUAUAUUAGGGGAAGGUCUCCGUUAAAACAAAGGACAAACUGACACCAAUCUUAUCCAAAGUCUACACAGAAGUGUUAAAAGAACAAGGGCAUAUGGUGAAAGAAUAAUAGAGUGAUUUUCGUAAGUCCCAGCAGAAAGAAUCGCCACGUGAAAAGGAGAAGCCACAAUAAUACAUUCCAACUUAUAAUUGUAUAAAUAUCACCAAUUUAGAUAACAUAUCUAAGGAAUAGCUAUACAUCUUUGGAAUUCCUAAAGAAUUUACUAUAGAAGAUUGUAUAUCCGAGAUUAAACAGACCUACGAUCUAGUGGUUAAACCUGAGGGAAUUUUUAGAUCAGAGAAGGUAGGAGACAUAACAUAUGAAUAUUUGGAAUUGUAAGUGGAAAGGAUUCCUUGCCAAUAGAUUCUGAAGAAGUUGCCUCUAGUACUAAAGAACAUCUCCUUGUUGUGCAUAUAAAAGAAGAAGCGAACAGAUCCAUUUAAUGAGGUAUUGAAGCCUUAUCAAGUUGUAUUAAGUGGCAAAGUGAAUCUGUCAUAAGUCUAUGCUCACAUGAAUACAAUAGGUGGAGUAUUAUUUCAUUAAAUUAGGUAAUUAUUUAUUUAUAAUAAUAUCAAAUAGUGAAUAAAAGUAUUGCAUAAUGAUGUAAAGUGAAUAAUCAGUAAUUGACUUAAAAUUGCCUUGCAGUCUAGAGAUCUAGAAGGUCUAAUGUUAGGUCAGUCAAGGUUCUGAUUUUAAUUUGCAAAUGGGAAGACCUAGUCUAAAUGAAACAACGCAUUAUAAGAUUUAAGAGUUCAAAAAGAAACAAGAAGAAAUGAAAUUGGCUCGCUUACAUUCGAGUUCAAGUUCGAGUUCUAGUUCCAGCUCUAGUUCCAGUUCUAGAAGUAGAAGCAGAAAUAAAAAGAAGAAGAAGCACCAUCACAAGAAGAAGCAUUGAGGUGU